GAGCUGUCGCUCAGGGCUUGGGCGGGAGCGCGGGUGGCGGGGCGGUUUAAAGGCGCCGCGUGCCGGCUGCCCGUGUCCGCUUCGCCUCCGGUGUGUGUGUGAGACGGGACAGCGCCUGGUGCAGAUCUGCCACAAUGCCUGGGUCUCUUCCAGUGAACACCGAAUCCUGCUGGCCCAAAGACGUGGGCAUUGUUGCUCUGGAAAUCUAUUUUCCCUCUCAAUAUGUCGACCAGAUGGAGCUGGAGAAGUAUGAUGGCGUGGAUGCAGGCAAAUACACUAUUGGGUUAGGCCAGUCAAAGAUGGGCUUCUGCUCUGACCGAGAGGAUAUCAAUUCCCUCUGUUUGACUGUGGUUCAGAAGCUUAUGGAGAGGAAUAGCCUUUCCUAUGACUGCAUUGGGAGACUGGAAGUUGGAACGGAGACAAUAAUUGAUAAAUCAAAAUCGGUGAAGACUGUCCUGAUGCAGCUGUUUGAAGAGUCGGGCAACACUGAUGUGGAGGGCAUUGACACCACCAACGCCUGCUAUGGAGGCACUGCUGCUCUCUUUAAUGCUAUUAAUUGGAUUGAAUCCAGUUCUUGGGAUGGACGUUAUGCACUUGUGGUUGCUGGAGACAUUGCUGUGUAUGCCACUGGAAACGCCAGGCCAACAGGUGGAGCUGGUGCUGUUGCGAUGCUAGUUGGUCCAAAUGCUCCUUUAAUUUUUGAGAGAGGACUGCGUGGAACCCACAUGCAACACGCUUAUGACUUCUAUAAACCAGAUAUGGUCUCUGAAUAUCCUGUGGUUGAUGGCAAACUGUCUAUACAGUGCUACCUCAGUGCAUUAGACCGCUGCUAUAGUGUUUAUCGCAAUAAAAUCCAUGCCCAGUGGCAAAAAGAGGGGACAGACAGACGUUUCACCUUGAAUGACUUUGGAUUCAUGAUCUUUCAUUCUCCCUACUGUAAACUGGUACAGAAGUCUGUGGCAAGGCUGUUGCUGAAUGACUUUCUCAGUGACCAGAAUGCAGAAACAUCAAAUGGUGUUUUCAGUGGUCUGGAAGCUUUCAGGGAUGUAAAGCUUGAAGAUACAUAUUUUGACAGGGAUGUGGAAAAAGCUUUUAUGAAAGCUAGUGCAGAGCUCUUCAAUCAGAAAACCAAAGCUUCCUUACUUGUGUCCAAUCAGAAUGGAAACAUGUACACACCUUCAGUCUACGGUUGCCUUGCUUCUCUUCUAGCUCAGUACUCUCCGGAGCACCUUGCAGGACAAAGAAUUAGUGUGUUCUCAUACGGCUCUGGUUUUGCUGCUACGCUGUAUUCCAUCAGAGUUACACAGGAUGCCACUCCUGGUUCUGCACUGGACAAAAUAACUGCCAGCCUUUCUGAUCUUAAAGCAAGACUUGACUCAAGAAAAUGCAUUGCACCUGAUGUCUUUGCAGAAAACAUGAAGAUUAGACAGGAGACACAUCACUUGGCCAACUAUAUUCCACAGUGUUCAGUAGAAGAUCUCUUUGAGGGGACAUGGUAUCUUGUGCGUGUGGAUGAGAAGCACAGAAGAACAUAUGCACGACGCCCAGUUAUGGGUGAUGGACCCCUGGAGGCAGGAGUUGAAGUUGUCCACCCAGGCAUUGUUCAUGAGCACAUCCCAAGCCCUGCUAAGAAAGUGCCAAGAAUCCCUGCAACAACAGAGUCUGAAGGCGUUACUGUUGCCAUUUCCAAUGGGGAGCAUUAAGAUACCUCUGUGAGGUGGGAAAUGGAAAAAGGUGUGAGGGUAGGAUGAAAGAGAGAAAAGAUUACAGUAGUACUGGAGUUUCAUUAUACAGUAGUACUUAAUUGGAGCAUGAAAAAACUGUUUAAAUGCCUUGAAAGGAUUUGUUGUAAUACUAUGUGCUGAUAUUUAUAGUAUUUUCAGAACACUAAAAUCAUUAAUAUACUUGGGGAUAGAGUGACUUGCUAGGGGCUUUGUGGGUUCCUUAAUGUGUCUGAAUUUUUUAAUUGCUGAGUAGUAGUUGUAGUCUAUUACAAGGUCUUUGUACAUAGAAAAGAAUGGAUCUUCUGCUUGCUUUUCCCAUGUCAAAUGACUUGAAACCUACACUGUUAAGUUCUACUUGUACUUGCAAAAGUCUGAGCUUUUAAUGUUAGGGUUCUCAGUGCCUUGACAGUAACUAGUCAGUCUAAUGAAUACUGCACUUCUCUUUCCCUUUAUCACCUCCCCUUUCUUCUCCCAGUCUACCUCUCCUCACACCAUUGCUUUGGAAAAGGUGUAGAACCAAAUAACAUUACUGGAAUGAGAUUACUCUUUCUCCAUAUGAAUGACUCGUUCAAGAACUGCAAGGCUGGUAGUUUCACCCUCAAGAAACUCUGUAACUGACUAUGUUAGUUACUUGGUAACUCCACCUGCUAUCCUUUUUGUGUGUUUUGUGCCUGCAUUAGAAAUCACAGAAGCCUGCAGGGAAAAAGGAAUUGCAAGGGAGACAGACAGUUCUUCUUGGUAAGAAAGGGUAAAUUUCUUGAACUGCCUGAUAUGGCACUUUUUCAGGAUUACCAAACUGUAACAUAAACAUUUAAGGAAGAGGACUUAUAAAACAAAACUCACAGAAUCACAAGGUUGGAAAGGACCUACAGGGUUGUCAAGUCCAACAGUCCUUCCAUCACCAUUGCUUCUAUAAGCUACCAAACCAGAUCUUGUAGCUCCUCAUCCAGACACCUGAACAUUGCUGGGGAUGGUGACUCUACCACCUCCCUGGGCAGGCCAUUCCAGUGCCUCACCACUCCCUGACUUCCUUAUAUCUAAUCUAAACCUCUUCUGGUACAACUUGUGGCCAUUUCUUUGGGUUCUGUUUGUUGCCUGGCUGAAGAGGCCAAACUCCUCCUCAUCACAACCUCUCUUCAGGAAGUUGUAGAGUGCAGUGAGGUCUCCCUUGAGCUUUCUCCAGCCUAAGCAAUCCCAACUCCCUCAGAUACUCCUCACAAGACCCCUCAGCAGUUUCAUUGCCCUUCUCUGGACAUGUUCCAGAGCCUCAAUGUCUUUCUUGUAUUGAGGGGCCCAAAAAUGAGCACAAUACUUGAGGUGCAGCCUCACCAGUGCUCGGUACAGACAGUGCUCAGUACAGAGGGAUGAUUACCCCCCUGUUCCUGCUGGCCACACUAUUUCCAAUGCAGGCCCAGAUGCUGUUGACCUUCUUCGCCACCUGGGCUCACUGUUAGCCCAUGUUCAGAAGAGCAUCAACCAACACCCCCAGGUCCCUUUCGUCUUCACAGUCAUCCAGCCACUCAGCCCCAAGCCUGUAGCGCUGCAUGGGGUUAUUGUGGCCAAAGUGCCAAACCUGGCACUUGGCCUUGUUGAACCUCAGCCCAGCAAUCCAGCUUAUCUAGGUCUAUUUCAAUUAGUAGAGCUGCUUUAAUUGGUAAACUGAAAAAAAGAUCAUUUUGGAUGUCCUGAACCUGGAACUCUGGCCUCUUGCUAUUCUUUAUAUAAUGCAUUUCUAAGAGACAGUUUCUAACUUUGGAUUUGGCAUUGAACUUCAAAGUUCUUGUCUCUGUUGGGGAUGUUGUAGAAGUGGGGUCUUUUCUUUCUUUUUUUUUUUCCAGACAUGCACGAUAAAAGCUAUCUGUCUUGCAAGUGGUAGAUACAUAUUACUUAUGGGGAUUAUAUUCUGGCAGCUUUUUAAAGCCCAGAUUAGAAAUAAACUAUGACAUGAGCCUUGUAAGCUUGUAAUAUAUAUUUAAUUGAGCUAAUGUACAGAAUGAAGUUUUGUUGAACUUUUUUCUUUGCUAAUUCUACAGAGCUACGUAUCAUAAAGUAGCAAAAAACCAUAUUCAUCUGUUUAAAUCACAAUCUUUUUUUUGUGUGUGUAACAAAGUGUUUGUAAUAUCUGUCACUUACUAGGAUUUGGUAACUUGCUGUAUUUGUACAGUCAAGCCUUGAUAAAAAUUGAUGUUUAUAAUUUGAUGGAGAAUAAUCUGUUUGUUCUGCUGAAAGUGAUGGAGAGGUGAUGCAUGAAAAUAGUGUUUGCAAGUAUUUUGGUUUAGGUUGCCCUCAUGAAACUUGUCCUGGCACCAGAAAGUAAAAAUGCCAUGGAACAAAAGUCCAUUGCUGGCAGUGGACAAGCCGAGAAUUGAGCUGCUACUGGCAAAAAGUUAACCACAGGGGCCUCACUGUGAGCAGAUCCUUUAUUAAAAUAAAGUUUGAGAUGUUUGAAACACA